AAAAAAGAAACAAGAAACAAGAAAAAAUCUUUUUUUCUUUCCUCUCUUUACAUGAUGGGAACUCUUGACCUUUAAGUUUAUUUUUUUGACAGUAAGUGUCUAAAGGAACUCGAAACACUUCUUAGCUUCUUCCAUUUGAUUAUCUUUUUUUGCUUUUCUUGUGUGGUCUCUGAAUGAAAAAUAUCUCUGUUUGAUCAAAAGAGCUUAACAAGAAAUGUGUUACAAACUGAUUUUUAACUCUUCAUCUCUCAACUUCUUCAUGAAUCUCUCUGCUUAUCCAUCAAGUGAGAGUAAAUGUAAUUUUUAAGAGCAAGCUAAUAUUGGAUCUGUUAUUGAAGAGAAUAAAGAGAUGAUGAGUUCUUCUUCUCCAACUCAACUUGCAUCUUUAAGAGACAUGGGAAUCUAUGAACCAUUUCAACAAAUUGUCGGUUGGGGGAAUGUUUUCAAAUCCGAUAUCAACGAUCAUAGUCCCAAUACUGCUACUUCUUCCAUAAUUCAGGUGGAUGCUAGAAUUGAUGAUCAAAACAACAUCAAGACGAAUUACGCUUCUUCUUCUCAUAACCAGAUUGAAGCAGAACCUUCUAGUAAUGAUAAUCAAGAUGAUGAUGGCAGGAUUCAUGAUAAGAUGAAACGGCGUUUAGCCCAAAACAGAGAAGCUGCUCGCAAAAGUCGUUUGAGAAAGAAGGCUUAUGUUCAACAGUUAGAAGAAAGCCGGUUAAAAUUAUCGCAAUUAGAGCAAGAACUUGAAAAGGUUAAGCAACAGGGACUAUGUGUACGGAACUCAUCAAAUUCAAGCUAUUUAGGACCAGCUGGGAGUAUUAACACAGGGAUAGCUUCAUUUGAGAUGGAAUAUUCACACUGGCUUGAAGAACAAAUCAGGAGAGUUAGCGAAAUACGAAUAGCGCUACAAUCUCAUAUAAGCGACAUAGAACUCAGGAUGCUAGUUGAGAGUUGCUUGAACCAUUACGCAAAUCUUUUUCGAAUGAAGUCUAAUGCAGCUAAAGCCGAUGUUUUCUACUUGAUAUCGGGCAUGUGGCGAACUUCCACAGAAAGAUUCUUCCAAUGGAUUGGUGGCUUUCGUCCAUCCGAGCUUUUAAACGUUGUGAUGCCUUAUCUUCAACCAUUAACUGAUCAACAAGUCUUGGAAGUGAGAAACCUACAACAAUCAUCACAACAAGCAGAGGAUGCUCUCUCUCAAGGCAUCGAUAAACUUCAACAGAGUUUAGCUGAAAGCAUUGUGGUUGAUGCGGUUAUCGAGUCCACUGAUUACCCUGCUCACAUGGCUGCAGCAAUAGAGAAUCUUCAAGCAUUAGAGGGAUUUGUGACUCAAGCAGAUCAUCUAAGGCAGCAAACGUUGCAACAAAUGGCAAAGAUCUUGACGACAAGACAAUCAGCUAGAGGUUUGCUUGCUUUGGGAGAGUAUCUUCAUAGGCUUCGUGCUCUUAGUUCUCUUUGGGCAGCUCGUCCACGAGAACCAACUUAAAGAAUCAAAACAAGCUUAUAUCUAUCACAAAGCUUGGGAAUGAAUGUUUAAAAAAGGAUAUAUGCCUAUAUGUUAAGUAGAGUGAUUCUCUUUGGUUAGAAGAACUUUAUGGUUCCUUUUUUUUGCUUUUAUGAAGUAUCUCUCCAGAGAAGUUGUAAAUUUGGUUGGAAACUUUGUAAUAUAUUUUAGAUUUGUACACAACAAAACAAAUAAGGCUUCUUCUUGUUUUUAUAUAUA